UUGCAUGAAAUUCGACUUCAUAUACGUAGUAUAUACUACGUACGUAAUAUUAAUAUAAAUACAUAAACAUCCGCAUGCAGGCCCUAAGGAUUGGUAGCUAGCUAGGUUCUCUAUUAAUUUCCUCCAUCUUAAUUAACAUCCUCGCUUAGAUUCUCGAAAGAUAGAAUGGCCUAUACUACAUUCUUGCCCAAUGAUAUAAUCCUGGAAAUUCUCAAAAGGCUUCCUGCCAAGUCUCUUAUGCGGUUCAAGUGUGUUUCCAAAGGAUGGCUGAAUAUGAUUCUUCAUCCUUUCUUCAUAGAAUCGCACCAGAACCACGCCCGAACCCGCCCCGAUGCCUCUCGCCGCUUGUUUGCCUAUUCUGAUCGCUAUAAUCAUCUCGUAUUAUCUUACCAUAAUAAUGAUCACCCGGAACUUCUUAUCCAGACAUUCUUCUCCACAAAUAUGAAGCUUGAUUUUACCUCUUCACAAAUUCUCUAUUCUCAAUCUCCCCUCUGGCUUGGCGCUAAUACCCGCAUAACUAGUGAGUGUCAAGGAAUCUCAAACAUCGCCAAUGGUCUUAUUUGUGUUCAUAAUUACGAUGUUGGUUGUCUUGAAAAACAAUCUCUUUGGUUGAUAAACCUUGCCACAAUGCAAAAGAGAUCCCUCCCAAUCCCAAGGGUGUGCUUCUUACACAGGAGCUCCUAUUUUCUUGGGUCUGAUUCAUCCUCCAAAAAGUACAAAAUUCUUCAUUUUUGUAGUGGGGGGGAAUAUGAUUGCCAGGUUCUGACUGUGGGAAGAAGGAGAUGGAGGCGAGUCAUCGGGCGAAAUCCCGGUAAAGAACUUGGAUUGCCUGAGGCUAUGUCCACGGAUGGAAGAAUAUAUUUCAAGGUGGGAAAUAGAGAUCUUCAUGUCCUCACAUUCUUUGACUUGCAUACCGAAAAGUUUGCACAUCUUUCUAUUCCAGAAGCCUCUCUUCCUCGAGAAGGUAAUACGGGAUGGCUUUACUGUCCUUAUUAUCUUCAAGAACUUUUCGAGAUUAGAGGAAAGUUGGGACUCGUUCGUGGAUUGAAAGUUUGGAUUUUGGAGGAGACCGGUUGGAUUGAAAAGAGCAUAAUCCUUCCCAAUCACGUAUAUAACGGUACAUUUGUUGGUUAUGAAAGGAAUAGCAAGAUUAUCAUCAAGUCUUCCCAAGGGGGUGAUAUGACUUCAAAAUACUUCCUCUAUGAUUUGGACACAUCAGAGUGUGCAGAGGCUCCAGGAAUCGCUAUCCACGAUUUGAACUUUAGUAAUUACUUAUUUGGUUCACAUCUUCCUUCGGAUGUUUGUAACAUGAAACUCUUCAAUUAUAUUGAAAAUAUCACAACAUUGUGAAUUUUUU